AUGUAUCGUGGAGUCACUCUCCUCCUCCUCGCCCGCCUGGCGAUGGGCCAAGAUAUUACAUCUGCCCCAGCACUCCCCCAAACCUCUCGUGUUUCUAUCACCUCGUCACUGGAAUACACCCUCCAGCGUAGCUGCGUCGCCCACUGCCUCUACUACAAUGGUCCACUACCACGUGGACCAUACUACCACGACUGGGACGAUGUAGGAGGUGAAUUGAAAUGCGGAUACGCGCCCAUCAAUGGUUGUUAUUGUAACACGAAAUACGCCUCCAGCGCUACUGCUUACUUCAAUACAUGUAUCCCUUACUACUGCGGCAGUGGGGAAAACGCCGAUCCGGACGAUUUAGUCUCAGCACUAUCAUUAUAUAACGACUACUGCGCUACCGCGAACGGGAACCCUACAAAACCGGUACCGACUCCCGUCGUAAUUCCCGCGUCAACGACUUCAACACCAGCAUCCUCGGAGACUAGUGAAUCCGGCUCUAGUUCUACCUCUGUCGAUGAAUCUUCGCAGCCAGCUACCACCGGAUCCUCUGCUGGAUCUUCGGGUGGAGCGCCACCCACAGCUGUUGCGGAAAGCAAAACAAGUCCUAGUCCUACGGAGGCGGGAAGCGAAACAGGAAGUGGAGGCGGAAAUGGAAAUGGAGGGUUAAGUAAAGGUGCUACUAUUGGGAUUGCAGUUGGGGCUUCGGUCGGUGGUCUUGCUUUGAUUGCGGCUGCUGUCUUUUUGUUUUUUAGUAGGCGGAGAGCACUCGCAGGCGAGAAGCAGCCAAUGGGUGGUAUUGAAGGUUAA